AUGCGAAACACAGUGAGCAAAGAUACCAUUGUCAAAGUAGACAUUGUAAAAGAAGCCGCGGAGCCGCCGAGGAGGGAGCCCCCAGCACGGCAGGGCACCCUCCACACCUUACCCGUCCCCGGGGGACCCCGGCGAGGCGCGGAGCCCCAUACUCACCGCCGUGCUGCAGGCAGCAACCCGCAGCGCAGGCGAAGUGCCCCCGCCCUGGCCGGUGCCCGCUGCGGUGCACAGACCCCGUCCCCCGGCGCCCACAUCCAAGCCCCGGCCACGCAGCUAAAAGUCCUUCUGAGGUGCACCCAGAGAGCCUCUCCGCCUCCUGCCUCGGAUCGCUGUCAUCUCCCCUCCCCUCGCCCCCCCGCCCCGCGCCACCCCCCGGCGGGCGGCAGCAUUAUAAAGCGGUCCCUAACCUGUCAGAUCACGCACUGGCAGAGGUGCCGGUCCUCGCCGCUACUUACCGGGCAUCCUUCAGAGCGGCGAGCGGGCGGGAGCGGGGGAGGAGAAGGAGAGAGGGAGGGAAGUAGAGAGAGAAGGAAGGAAGGAAUGGAAGGAGGGGGCUUCUGGCGGGCUGCGCGGAGAUGUGCUGCGCUGCGCUGUUCGGCAGCCUGGGAAGCUCGGCGGAGCGCUGCGAGAAAGGAAAGGAAAAAAAAGCAGCAAAACUCUGGUUUUACUUCCCGGCCGAGGUUUGAGUCCCCUGCCCCACAGCUGCGGUCCCGCGGCAGCGGCGCGCUCCCGCCGCGCCCGGAGCUGCCACCGCCCGCUGUGCAGCACGGUAGCAGCUGCCGCUGCCGGUAUCUCCCAGCUGAGAGCCGGAGCCUCUCCCCGCGCACGCAGGAACACUCCCUCUCUCCCUCCCUUCUUCCCUCCCUCUCUAGCAGCCCGCUGAGGCGGGCAUCGCAGGCAGGUGCUGCUGGCUCGCCCUGCGGCCGAGAAAAGGGCAGGGCAAGGCCCUCCGCCGGCUCUGUGCGGGUCGAAGCGGUUUCACCGCUAGCAGCGGUCGGGCUCCCACAGACACCGGGGCGGCGUUGGGAGGCUGCACCGGCCGGGACGCGGCUGGAGGCGGGGAAGCGAGGGGCGGAGGAGGGGAGCCGGCUGCCUCCGAGAGCUGCCGGUGGGCCCCGGGAGCAACGGCCGAGGAAUGAGGAAGCAGCGGGGAGGGCCCGCCGCAGCCGGGCAGCGGUGCAGUGCCCCGUCGCAUGCCUGCAGACGCUGCUCACCUUCUGCCUGAGCGGAAUGACCCGCAGAAGAGGACCGAGGACAGUGCAUCAUUAUUGCCUGGUUUCUUGGGGAAGAAGGGAGGGAGCUAGCGGAGAAGGGAGGGAAGGCAUAAUUAUAACAAUCACAAGGAAAGGGGAAAAAAAAGCAACAUGCACACCAAAAAAGCCUGUUCUCGGGAGAGAAAUCAGAAAUAGCCACAGCAGCAUUGAAAGUUACUGCCUUUGUGAUUUGCAUUAUAACGCUGCGGCUGCUGCAUAUCUCCUCCGACAGCGUACCGAAGAAACAUGCAAGAUGGGAGAGAGGGAGCUAUGCACUUUUUGUGUGCUUUCCCCUCCUGACGGCAGUUCUCUCUCAAUCUCUUUCUUUCUCAGAAAAAAUCACCAAAAACCCCACCCCCAAAACCAAACAGACACUUGCUGGAGGGGUGAUUCCAGUGCUGUUCUUAAGCAAGAGGAUUUGUCUUUGCACUGCUCUUCAUUUGGUUGGAGCCAAAGCUACACUGAGAAGGAGGCUGAUUCAACAGCACAGGAAUGCAAGAAUAUUUCCUGGGAUUUCCUGGGACUGGGGAGCUGGCAAAGAUGAAGUGACAGGGAUUUCAAUGGUAAGAAGAAUGGGACAAAGAUCUGACACCUGGGAGGAACUGGGAAGGAAGAGACCGAACUCAGAUGACUAAGUGUCAGGUGCAGGAAAAGAGUCUGUGAAGAGACAAUGGAUCCACCUUUGUGGCAGUUAGAUGGGAAAACUACGUGAGGAGUUUAUAAUUUUGGGUAUGCUGAUAAGGAAAAAGAAGAAAUCAAAAUACUGAAGUCUGCAGCUGGUUAAGGGAAAAAAAGUCAGGUGGAAACAAGCCAGUGAAGAUGUGAAGAUGAGAAUGAAGUCCCAGAAGUGGGAGAGAGUGAGAGAACUGGAAUAAGACAUGAAGGCAGAAAAAGAAACAGAAAAGUCUGUAUAAUACUAGAGCAUACUGCCAUGCAUAUCUUGGAAAUGAACCAACCAUGCCAAACCUCAGCAUUUUGCUGUUAUCAAUAAAUUUAUGUGAAACCUGU